UUGAUUAUUUAUCGAUUUAAGUAAUCGGUAUUUAAUUGAGACGAGAUUCUUGAAUUUGACCACUUUCUUUCAAAGGUUUAUAAUUUUCCGUUUCAUAUCGAAAAAAAAAAAUACACAAUUCCUCUCUUAUCCCUAUAUAGACUUCUAUUGCAAGUUUGUUGUUUUCCUUCGCAUUCUUCUUCAAACAUUCAUCUGAUUCCCGCGCUUUUUGUAGCAAAAUUUGCGUCGAAAAUGAGCUACGAUUCAACUCGUUCUGGAAAUUCCAAUUCGAAUUCCAAAAGAAGCUUCAAUUCAAAUUCUUCCAAUAACACUAACAAUAAGAAGAAGAAGACUAAUCAGAAAACCCUAGGCGUCGCUUGGGGAGCUAAUUCUCUCACCUCUUCCCGAUCUUCGUUUCGUAGUGCCCCAUUUUCCGAUUUUGGCAGUUAUAUGGCUGUGAAGAAUAAGAAACUACAUGAUCAGUUUGAUGCAGAAGCUUCAAAUUCUUCUUACAGUGGUUCAGAUUCUGUAAAACCGAUAUUUCAGGGUGUUUCGAUUUUUGUUGAUGGAUUUACUAUUCCCUCUAGCCAGGAGCUUCGAGCAUACAUGUUGAAGCAUGGGGGACGAUUUGAGAAUUACUUUUCGAGGCAUCGUGUCACUCAUAUAAUUUGCAGUAACCUACCUGAUAGUAAAAUUAAAAACCUCAGAUCUUUCAGUGGUGGACUGCCUGUUGUAAAACCCACUUGGGUGUUGGAUUGUGUGGCAGCUGGGAAACUGUUGAACUGGGUUCCAUACCAACUCAUUCAGCUGGCCAAUGAAGGAAGCAAUCAACCAAAGCUGUCUGCUUUCUUCGCUUUGAAACGAAAUACAGUCAAUCAAGGUGUUCUGUCUGAUUCAGCUUGUAUGCUGCAAGCUGAAGCAGAUGCUGAAGCUUCAGAAGUGAAGGAUGAUGUUGUUCUUGAUCAUGCCUCUUCUGAAUUGGGUGAGUUGUCUGAAUGUUCUAGGCAAAGUGAAAAGAAGAUGGAAGACGAUGGAUGUAAGAAAAUUGGUACAGCUGACUCAGAGCAAUUUUUUGAAGAAGAUUUCUCCCAACCAGAGAAGUCAGUCACCUCUAAAGACAAAGUCGAUAUUAGUCCCACCAGUCAUCAUGACUCGUAUGAAAAGCCUAGCGGGGAUUCAUCUGGUUCAUUGGCUGGGGGACCUUCCUGCUGCCGUCAUUCAACCCUUGAGGACCCGAAUUUUGUUGAAAACUAUUUUAAGAGUUCAAGGUUGCAUUUCAUUGGAACUUGGAGGAACCGGUACCGUAAGCGAUUUGCCUGCCUUUCCAAUAAAACUAAGCAAAAAAGCUUUGAUGUUAAUGCUGCUUCUACUUCUCGGAAAACUAUGAUCAUCCAUAUGGACAUGGACUGUUUUUUUGUGGCUGUUGUUAUCCGGAACCGUCCAGAUUUGAUGGACAAGCCUGUAGCAGUGUGCCAUUCAGACAGUUCUAGAGGAACUGCUGAAAUCUCUUCUGCUAAUUAUCCUGCUCGAGACUAUGGGGUGAAAGCUGGAAUGUUUGUUAGAGAUGCCAAGGCUCGUUGUCCUCAUCUAGAAAUCAUACCUUACAAUUUUGAAGCUUAUGAAGAGGUAGCUGACCAAUUCUACAACAUCUUGCACAAGCACUGUGAUAAAGUGCAGGCAGUAAGUUGUGAUGAAGCAUUUCUGGAUAUCACUGACUCAGACGUGGCAGAGCCGGAGCUUUUAGUUUCUGAAAUAAGAAAAGAGAUCUUUAAAACAACAGGUUGCACGGCUAGCGCAGGCAUUGCUUCAAAUAUGCUUAUGGCUCGUCUUGCCACUAGAACUGCCAAACCAAACGGUCAAUGCUACAUCUCUCCGGAGAAGGUUGACGAGUAUCUGUUGCAACUCCCUUUAAAGACACUUCCAGGUAUUGGACAUGUCUUGGAGCAAAAGCUAAAAAAUAAAGGAGUUCAGACCUGUGGCCAAUUGCGAAGGUUUUCUAAGGAGGCUUUACAGAGGGACUUUGGAACAAAAACUGGUGAAAUGUUGUGGAAUUACUGCAGAGGUGUUGAUAAUCGGCUAGUUGGAGUCAUUCAGGAAAGCAAGUCAAUUGGUGCUGAUGUAAACUGGGGUGUGCGCUUCAAGGAUAUAAAAGAUAGUGAACACUUCCUUUCGAGUCUGUGCAAGGAGGUUUCUUUGCGCUUGCAGGGAUGUGGAUUACAAGGGCGUACCUUUACGCUCAAGAUUAAGAAGCGCAGAAAAGAUGCUGGGGAGCCAACAAAAUACAUGGGUCAUGGGGCUUGUGAAAAUCUUAGUCACUCUACGACAGUUCCUGUUGCAACAGAUGAUGUUGACAUUCUUCAAAGGAUAACAAUGCAGCUAUUUGGAUCAUUUCAUAUAGAUGUCAAAGAUAUUCGAGGAAUCGGAUUACAAGUGACCAAGCUGGAGAGUAAUGAUACUAUGAGACAAGGGCAAGAAAGAAAUUUUCUAAGGUCGUGGCUUGGAUCUGGCACAACAAACUCUACAGAACACCGCAACAUGCGUGAUACAGGCCAAGCUUAUCUUGAGUCUGUUGGACCUUCAGCGACAAGUUCAAAUCCUUCAUACCAUGAAUCUCACUCAAAUCCAGUUGCAGUGCUGCCGUCAUUGGGUGAUCUUGAUCUGGGUGUUAUUGAGAGCUUGCCCCCAGAGUUGUUUAAAGAGUUUAAUGAUAUGUAUGGAGGGAGGUUGACUGAUCUCAUAUCCAAAAUUAAGGACAAAGACCUAUAUAAGAGUGUCUCUGCUAUGUCUGUGAAGAAAGUUGAAGGUGAAUUGCGCAACGAACAGGAAAUUCAUGCUUCUGCUGCUGUGCAAAUUAACAACAUUAAGGACGACAAGGCUGGGUGCUCCGAGAACCAGGAAAAAGAGGCCGGGUGUUCCAAGAAUCAGGAAAAGGAGGCAUUGCCUACUAUUGGCACAGUAACUGCAAUUAUCCCUAAUUCUGAAGUGGAAUCAGGAGUUGUUGACCUAAUGCCUUAUUCAUUAAGCCAAGUGGACAUGUCUAUACUACACCAGUUACCUGAGGAACUGAGAGCAGAUAUAGUUGGGGCACUUCCUGCCCAUCGAAGGCCAAAUGGUUUACCUGAGUCUUGCAAAGUUUCCGAGGUAGCGCAGAAAAUGGGGCAUGGCCGGGAUAAUACUGGAUCUGUGGAAUGUGCUAAAGAUAGUAAUCUUUGGGUUGGAAGUCCUCCUUGUUGGGUCCAUAAGUUCAAAGUCAGCAAUUGCUUGAUUUUGAACAUUCUUGCAGAGAUGUUUCUCAGGUCAGGGUCUACUGGGGUGUUGUCCUCUACGCUGCAAUGCUGUCUCUCAGGAUUUCAGAUAUAUAGUGAUUUCGAUGAUGUGGGUAAUGAAUCUUCGCAUAACUUAUGCGAGCUUCUGAGGCAGUAUAUUCAGCUGAAGCUUGAGGAAGACAUUGAGGAAAUCUAUGUUUGUUUUCGUCUUUUAAAAAGGUUGACAUUGAAAUUAAAGGCUUUUAAACAUGCAUAUGACGCUGUCUUGCCUUAUCUCCAGGCUUGUAUCAGUGAAAGCUACGGAGGACACUUGGAUUUGCCUGCGAUGGAGUAGAUGUCUUUGGCUAUUCUUUCCAUGAAUCAUGGAUUAACCUUGUUUCAUUCCAAUAAUUGGAACCACUCGCUAUGAGUCAACAUACAUUGUUCCUUCUCUUCAUCCUGCGGAAGGAUGUUGAUUAAGGAUAUGCUCAUGCUGUAAUGCAAUGGCAGUGGCUGUGCAUCUAUGUAUUUCCGAGUUUGAAGUUAUGCAACUUCCGUUGAAAAUAGUGGAUCUCUUAAAAAGGUGACCUUAGACCACAAUGGAACAAAUUGGCCCGGAUACUAGAACUCAUGCCCGACGCAGAGCAUGAGGAUAUUUAUCAUCAAUGUGAUGAUGACGCUUGAAAGUAGAAACCCAAGCUGUAGCUGCAUGUUUAAAUAAACGAUGCAACCUUGUCUAUUACAAAGUUGAUGACGAUAUGGCAUAAACUUGAUUCUCCGUGUAGAGAUUGAAAUCUAUGCAGUUCUUUCCCUAUGAUGACUUUGACAGGUGAUAGAAAUGUCUGCUCUGCUUUGAAUGCAACAUAAUUUCCCCUCUUAUGGGAGAGGAUGUGCUUUGGUGUGAGCCAAACGAUGGUAUCAACUAUAACAGUCCAUAAGCAUACAAUUUUGGAAUUCCCUAGCACCGUUUGUGGUUAUAUCAUACAUUUACAGCUUGGAAACUGAGUGGAUGUUGAAUUUUCCUAAACUCUUCUCUCACUCGUACUAGUAUCUUGAAUUCCACAGGAAUCAUGUCACAGGCGGUCAGUCAAAGCUUAUUGCUGGAAAGUAUGUCUGCAUAUCAGCAUGUGUAGAUGAUGAAAUUAUGAAACAGCUGAGCACCUUCCUUUUUAUCUCCUUUCUAAUAAUGUAUUACAUUGACCAUCUAUCUUGUAGGUUUUCAAAUGUUGUAUGUUCUUGAUGUUUUGAAAAUGGUUGAGAAUUGUAAGGUGCACUAACACAACUAAAUCAAUGGUGACUUGUUCAAAUUCAAAACAUUGACUGCAAACAAAAUCUUAAUUGAAUUCAAAUUUUUUGA